UUUUGACAGAAGUGAGAGUAAACUUUAACGUCGAGCACCUACGAACUCGAAGUUCUUAAACCUUCACGGGCAGAAAGGCUCUCGUGAAUCUAAAAGAUCUGCGUGUUCAACCAAUGCAAAAGCAAAUUCUCGGACGGCUAUCAUUCUUGCUGCAGACGCAGGACCUGUCGGUCGAACCAAGACGAGCAGAACCAAAGAAAAACGAUCUGUAUCUAUGAGCUGUCAAUAGAAGUAGCGCCUUCGGUCAUUGUUUUGGGGAAUAGCCGCGCCGAUGCAGCAGCC